UGGAAAUGUAUCUUUUGCUGGAUCAAAUACAGACAAAACAUUGAGUUCAUCCGAUUUUUAUCACUAUCCACCUUCCUGCUGUUGCCCCUUUAAUCCGUCUUGUAAAGCACUGUUUGCUUCAUGUAUUGCAGCUCAUAUGUAGCCAACGUCGCACGCAGUGGAAGAAGCCGUGUUUCUCACGUCAGUAUCCUGCAGGGGAGUGGAGUGGAGUGGAGGCUGUCGGAGCAGGGGGGCAUCAGAUAAGGCAGAUUGCCGCUGUGGGUUUCUGUCAUCAACAGGUCGCGCUUGGCUGAACAGACGAGUUUAGACGCUCCCACUGUGUGUUUGCCAAGCUAAAGGUGCUCAUUACACACCGUGUCACAGAGGUGGCAGGGGGAAGGGCAGGUGUACAGUGUUGAGAUUAAGAGUGGAGAUUUAGGAGCUUUUUGGGUCAAUGGACGUUCAGACCACUGGCGAGAGGGGUCAUGCUUCUUUGGAUCUGGUCUGUGUAUGCGUGUGUGAGGGUUGUCCAUGGGGUCUCUGUUAUUAGGAAAAGGGGGUGGUGCUAGAUGGACCCCAUGCUGAUGGAACCAGUCUUUGUCUUUAUGGGGGGGGGACAACAAAUGGUCAACAUAUUUGCUUUAGAGCAUAAGACUAAGGACCUAUUGUCUCAUGUGUGUCCUCUUUAUGGGACACUUGGCCUGUCUUGAAUUAUAACUACUUUCGUAAAUUAUACUCUAGACAGGCAGGGGCAGUGGUUCCUGAUGUGGCUUUUUUCUUGUAAUUUAUGAGAUACAUGUAACAAAAACCGGUACACAUGUGCUGUUGUAGAUUUUAGGUGUCAUAUCUGGGAAAUCAAAGGCAGUUUACUUUCUGUAGAGCAGAAUAUAGUCUUUUAUGAAGUGCUAAUGGACUCGCAGUAUCAUUUGGCCCAUAAAUUAUGGACGAAGCUGGUAUACUGAAGAAGAAGAAAGCGGCGUGAAAAGCAUGGCAAAAUCCAGACCUGUGCAAUCUUAAGACUAACGAGAAAACAGAAUGUAUGCUCUGUCAGCUUAAAGAAUGAAAUCACUGGAUGGUAGAAAGACUUGAGAUGGUGGUCGACAUCUUACCGCCAGCCAAAAUAGCUUUUAAUAAAAGGUCAACCAGAAAACGCCUAAUACUAACACGCUGAAAGGGGGCAUAUCGACACAUUUAAUGCUUGUGUUUGUGUAAGGACAAGGACAGUAGUCCAUUUAAAGGGUGUCGUCGAGCUUCAAAAGUAGCUUAACAUUGUGCUCAACUGUGCGUGCAAACCCUAAAGGUGCCAACCACUCGGUAUGUUUCCAUGCACAGGUUAAUCGAGCUAAGGCCGUAGUCCGACUAAGACAGGCAAUUGGACAACUUCCUGAGUCCGCAGAAAGACGCUACCACCGCAAUCAUCUCCUUCUACUUUGUCCAACUCCACUACUACGAAUCACAUUAUUCGUCCAAUUCAGACCAGCUUGACGUGUUUACGUGACAUUAAGAAAACUGAAUUAUUGUCUUAGUCCGACUAAAAUCAGACUUUUAACGUGCAUGUUAACUGUCGUGGAUGUAAUCUUAUCUUUUGCCCAUGUCCUCUUGACUUGACUGUGGGUAAGAAAAUGCCAUUGUUCCUUCUUAUCUUUCCACUUUGGACAGUCCGGUGAACUCAUUUAGCCCAGCCUUUCUCUGAUCUGGCACACAAUGAGCAGCGCUGUGUCUCACAGUGGACGAGACCCUUUUGUCUGAGCUGGCUCCCGGCCUAUUGAUCAGCGUCAAACCCCCCCCCGGCUUCUCUGUCUUUCUUGUAAAGUGUGUGUAUGUGUGUGAUCUGGAGCUGUGCACUAACAGCAGCAGUUCAGCUGGCUCCUGAGCAGCCGACACACAUGCACACAUGGUGUUGCCCGACAUCCAAAUGUUACCAAGUGAAAAAGUUAGAUUUUAUAAAAAAAAGAAGAAAAAAAAGAGGCAGAAAUGAAACAGUGGGCAAGAUUAAAGAAAAGAAAAAUAAACAGAGGAAAGAUGAGAGGAGACAAACUUGAUGUGGAACUCCCAGCUCCUUGUCAUUUGCUGCUGGGGUGAAGGAGGAGGAGUCAGGGGGAGGGGAAUACCCAGUAGGGAGGGAGCAGAAGAGAGCAGAGGCCAUUCACUCUGACACACACAUGCACACACACAUACACACAUGCAAACACUCACAUGAACACUUGCAGGCUCACCGCUGAUGUGCUGCCACAGGACAGAGGGAGGGAGGGAGAGAAGCAUUCAAAUGAGGAGAUCCUCAGCAAACUGAAGUAAAGAGGACGGAAGAAAAGAAGGAGCACAUCAGCCAGGAGGAGUGUGUUCAGGACAAAAACACAGCCUCAGAGAGUGCAUUGUCCUGCUUAUAUUGUACUUUUGAAGGAGCGGCCUGCACGUCUACUCCCAGGAGAAAAGGAUUCACAAUGACUGGGAGAAGUUGGGGAAUCUAAGGGAAUCUCUGAGAAUUCACUAGGAAUACCAUUUGGAAUACUCUGGAUAGUUGAGAUGCUCAGGAAAUCACCUCUCCACCCAAACCUGUGCUUUUGAAGCUCAUCCUCAUUUAGUCAAAACGCUAUUGGAGAGCCAAAACUAGCCACAAUGCCCACCGACGAUUAUAACUACCUGCCCGAUGCAUUGCCGCCGCUUCCUGAAGUCCCGGACUCUGGCUCUGGCCUGAGCUCCGUUGACAUCCCGGCCCGCUGCCUCCGUAACCCGGUGUUCCGGCACGCCUCGUCGCGCUACUGCUCCGCCCUCAGCAUGGACUCCUCUCUGGACAGCGCCGAACGGCCGAUCAGCUACAGCUCCACCUCGUCGUCUGCCUCCUCCCGGGACAGUCACUGCUCUCUGGGCAGCCGCUCCACCCUUGUCCCUGCCCCUCACUGUAACCCAGUGACCUCAGACCGGGACUCCGGGGCUAUUCGGUUGGAACUGGUCCCGGCCCGGCAGCUGGGAUGUGCUGAGGAAGAGGACAGAAAUGAUAGAGGGACGGAUGCGGGGAGGGGGCAAGGGAGACAGAGCUAUGAACAGACUCCAACAGAACAUUCAGAGCCAGAGCAGAGUCCAGAGGGGGUCGAGCGGAUGGGUCAGGGACCCAGAACAUAUGUGGACCGAGUGGUGCAGGAGAUCCUGGAUACAGAGAGAACAUAUGUCCAGGAUCUGCGAAGCAUUGUCGAGGACUACCUGGAGUGUAUCAGUAACCAGUCUCGACUGGCCCUGAGUCCAGAGGAUAAAAGUUCUCUCUUCGGCAACAUCCAGGACAUCUACCACUUUAACAGGGACCUUCUCCAUGAUCUUGAGAAAUGUAACGCUGACCCCGUCGCCAUCGCAGAGUGCUUUGUUUCCAAGAGUGAGGAAUUCCACAUUUAUACCCAGUACUGCACCAACUAUCCACGGUCGGUGGCUGUGCUCACCGAGUGCAUGAGGAACAAGGUGUUGGCCAAGUUUUUCCGCGAGCGCCAGGAAUCUCUGAGGCACUCCUUGCCCUUGGGCUCCUACCUGCUCAAGCCAGUGCAGAGGAUCCUCAAGUACCACCUACUGUUGCAUGAGAUAGCCAGUCACAUGGAGAAGGACACAGAGACCUACGAGGUUGUGCAGGAAGCCAUAGACACAAUGCAGAGAGUGGCCUGGCACAUCAAUGACAUGAAGAGGAAACACGAGCACGCCGUCAGGUUGCAGGAAAUCCAGAGCCAGCUAACCAACUGGAAAGGCCCCGAUCUGAUAGGCUAUGGAGAAUUGGUCCUUGAAGGAACGUUUCGUCUUCAGCGAGCCAAGAAUGAGAGAACUCUCUUCCUGUUUGACAAGCUCCUGCUCAUCACCAAGAAGCGAGAAGAAUCCUACACAUACAAGGCUCACAUCCUGUGCUGUAACCUGAUGCUCGUGGAGGUUAUUCCAAAAGAACCGCUGAGUUUCAGUGUGUUCCACUACAAGAAUCCCAAACUGCAGCAUACAGUCCAGGCCAAAUCACAACAAGACAAGCGCAUGUGGAUCUUGCACCUCAAGAGACUCAUACUUGAAAACCACCCGGCCAAAAUCCCUGCUAAGGCGAAGCAAGCCAUUUUGGAAAUGGAUGCAAUGCAUCAUCCUGGGUUUCAUUACAGCCCCAAUAGUGACAAGAAGGACUCCCCUCAAACCAAGGAUGGUCCAACUCCACGAAGAGGACGCAGGAAAGAACCUCUGUCCAAAUUACUGAAAAACGCCAAGCAGAAUGCUGCUAACACAGACGGUGAAAAGCGAACAAGCUUGGGUGCCACCCUCCUCUCUCCAGUGUCCCAGCUGGCUCUGGGCACGAUCGGCCGCAGCCGCAGCCUCAUCAACCAAUCACAAGAAUCCCUGGACCCCGGGGAUCACUAUGACCACAGUGAUCGAGAGGAAGGAGAGGAGCAACAUCAGCAGGAUGCCGACGAUGAGGAUGACAGUGGCCUGGGAGGUGGAAAGAGGCUGCGAGUCCCAGGCAAGAGCAGCAGGAAGAGGCUGAAUCCACAGGCGUCUGUUGAUAGUAUAGAACAGUGGAAGGCCUUCAAUAUGAGCACCUCAGACUUACAGAGAGCAAGAGAAUCCUUGGUGAGGGAUGGUAGUCACCACCCGCCACUUCGCAGGACACCUCGUGUGACUGAGGAACCUCCCGACUCUCCUAUUCCCUCUGUGAUUGUCACAGAAAGUGACAGUUCCGUGAGGAACAUCUGGGCAGACCAUCGGGCUCGCAGGGCCAUGUUCCCCACCCGCCAGAGAACCAUGCAGCCUGAUGACGAGGAUGAGGACAUCUACCAGAUGUUUGUUCCCACAGAGCCUGGCGGGCCAGAACCAGAGGUGACCGCGGAGCGAUCUGAGGCCACCUCGUCGCCCAGGACGGCACGUCCCUGCAGCUGGCAUGUUGAGCAGGUGCCUGCUGUGCAAGUUGAUCCGCCACCUAGUGGGAGCAGAGUCCUACGGCGAGCGAGCAGUGCAGGUGAGAAGGCCACAGAAGCUCGACAGAGUCCCGAAGACGAGGUCGGUCACAGCAACCUGGAUGUGAUCCACACAGAGUCAUCCAGCAAUGACAUAUCUGGAUCUUCCUCAGCUGAGCAGCUGACAAUAGACGAUAUUGAAAAUGUAUACGACAACAUCAGCUAUGAGGACCUUAAGAGCAUGGGCCUCAUCAGGAGAGACCAAGAGGAAAGCCAAGCAGGGAAAGAGACCAACACAGAGGUGUCACAGAGCCAGGCACCAAGGGUACCAAGUGAGGUUUCAGGGGUCUCAGCACAUGGAAUUGAACCAGACAGUUCAUCUGAGAGCAUUCAGUCUUCCACACAGGAGGGGAGGCAGUUUGGGACAUGUGAGCUCAAGAUAGUAGAGGAGAACAUCUACGACACAAUCUGUUUCAGGGAACCACCAUCAGCAGAGGUUAAAGGAGUAAAUGAAGGAAAUAAAGUCCAACAAGAGAGGGACAGUCUGUUGGCCUCUGAGCAAGACCUAACUGAAAGUCUUGGAGGGUUUGUAUCUGAGGAGAGCCUCCAUUUUGGGGAGAAUGAAGGACCAGACACCUCCUACCCUAUUCCAUGUUCCUCUGAGCCUGAUUAUUCGUCCUCGUCUGCCUCGGAAAUUUUCUCCCAGCGUUCACAGAAAGGGGAUAAAAUGUCAGAGCAGGUCGAUGAGAUCUGGAACGACUUGGAGAACUACAUUAAGAACAAUGAAAAGAAAGCUGAUCGACUUCCUGCUGCCUUUCCCGUUGGUGCCGCCGAGUCCUCCGCCAAGUGUUCGUCAGCCAAAAACAGCCCUAAAAAGACCCCCUCUGUUAUUACCUCCCAAGCAGCCAGUCCUCCAGCCAGGAGUCCCCCAGCACAUCAGCCUAAAGCCCCACCCAUCACAUCCUCACCUUCAUUCACCAUUCCAGUCAUCAACCUCCCUGAUCAUCUAAGUGAAGGCUCCACUGAAGAAGAAAUCCACAGCCCCACUCCCAUUUCACACCCCAUUCCCGUGACCCCAGAGCCACCUCCCGGCACUGUGAAGAGCAUCCGUAACAGACUGGCUCGCCUCAGCAGCGGCAGCUUCCGCCUAGAGGACGAUGACCUGGUGGAGCUUCCUCAACGAAGCGCUCCUCAGAUGGAGAAUCCCAUCAAGGACAUUCAUGGUUUGUUUCCAGGUGAGCUGGCGGGACUGGACUCCCCGCUGGCCUCCUCCUCUCUCCUGCUCGGUGAGUCUGUAGACUUCCCCAUGGAGCUGAUGGACAAGACAAAGAGCAGGGUGUUCCUGAUGGCACGGCAGUACAGCCAGAAGAUCAAGAAGGCCAACCAGCUGCUGCGCAUGAGGAGCAUGGACCCUGGAGACUCUUGUAGUCGGGCCAGAAUGGAGAAGAAGCAGAAAGACCUGGCAGCAAUUUUAGAGGAGAAGAAACAAGGGGGUGCAGCUAUAGGUGCAAGAAUAGCAGAGUACUCCCAGCUCUAUGACCAGAUAAUGUUUAAAGAUCCUCCUAGUCCUGCUGGUCACACCUCUGCCACCGCUCACCACGCCCAUCCGGGGCUGUCGUCCUCACCGUCCAUGCCCGAGACCUCACUGGAGGCAGAAUGGCUCCACUCCACGUACAGCAAUGGAGAGCUGGCCAGCUUUGUCUCCUCGGUCAACAACGUAGGGGAGGCUCGAGCAUCUUCCACCCCGCAGCGCAAACUAACCUCUUCCUGCUCCAUCCCCUCUCUGAAGAGUUUCCCCUCCACUCCAACCACCCCACCCUCUCAGAGGUGGAGUUCAUGCAUGUCGGCACCCAGUGAGAAAGAGGAGCAUGUGUACAGUUCCAUUAAGAGACAUACGUCCUUCAAUGCCUCGUCGUUACCCGCCUCAAAGCCUUCCCCGUCCGGUCACUGUCAGUCGCUCAGCUCCCUGGGAGGCCAGGAGAACAAUCAGUCCGGACUCCAGUGUAACAGACCCACUGUGGAUCGAACCACAGACAGAUUUCACGCACCUAGUCUGGGUCGGGCUGGCCGGCAGAGUAGCCUCCCAGAGCGCUCCACCCUGGGACAGUCGGAACUCACCUUACAUGAUGGUCAACAGGUGGUCGUCUUGAAUCGGGCGUCUGCGUUGAACAUACUCAACGCCACCCAGAACUACCUGGCUAACUUCAGGGACAAUGGCGAAGACGAUGAUGACUAUGUGGAGAUCCGAUCGGAGGACGAGAGCGAACAGGAACACGACAGGUCGGGGCAGAGAAAUGGCAGCUCGGCUGUUCACCCCAGCCAAAGCCAGGGUAUCGUCCAAUCCCAGAGUCUGCCGUGCACCCCGGUGCGCUCCUGCGACCCACUUAGGUCCCUCGACCGCGAGCAACUGGAGAAAUACCUGUGGAGCGAGCCGCAGCAGAGCCAACCCAAAAUCGUCCAGUCUCUGCGGGACAAGUUUCAGUGUCUGAGCUCCAGUAGUUUCGCUUGAAGCAACGCUGCAUCUUAAGCCAAAUCUAUAUAUUAAAUAAAAUACAGCGUAUAGAAGCAAAAGGGGGCACUGCUGCUUUGCAUUGUAUGUAUACGACAAUGUAGUCCACAAACAGAAUCAGAACAGCACACGUAGAUCAGACUUUCUUUGGUUUUGUCCCUGUUCACAACAGCUUUAGUGAAUAGAUAGGUUACUUUUAAUGUGACGUCAAAGCAUGCAUGUGAGCGGUCUUAGCACUUGCAGGUUCAAACUGUACAUGUUUCAAAGAGUAGUGAUCUAGUGUGGGUAGGUUGGUCACAACAAAAGAACUGACUGGAUGGGUUUUAAUAUUCAGAGGAAUUUUUAGAGCGCUGUAGAGGUAACUGUUGUACAGAUGAAGUAUUUGAGGAUAUCUGUUUGAUCUGUUUUCCAAUCAAAACAGACUUUCAAACUGAAAAGUACAAACAUCAAAGGUCAGCUGAUCUCUGCCAGAUGUUGUCACAUGUACCUGAUCACUUGCGAGGUUCGUCUUUUUAAAUUUCUCUUAGGUUUAAUUUAACUGCGUUUCGAGUAUGAGUGUAGCCUGUACAAGAGAGAUAAAAAAAAUCAAAGUGGAGGCUAGUGUUUAAUUUUUAAUUUGUGCUAACACUUUCAAAGGGUUCUGAACAAGCAGCUUUACAAAAUAAAUUUAAAAUGCAGUCACAUUUGCUGCUCAGGCUAGUUUGUCACUUUUAACAGCGCGUUUUUUUUUGUUUUGUUUUUUUAGCAAUAACUGUAACAAAUAAAUGAUGCAAAUGUAAAGAAAUCACGUCGGCUAUUACAAGAUCCCAUAGGUUAAGAAUGACUAGCCUUAGAUCAGUAAGUAUUUGAGCUUAUUUCACUCUAUCUGCCACUUUUGUCAUCAAUAGCGUGUCAUGCUUUAAUAUCAAGAGAUCUAUUAAAACAUAGGAUUUCAUAUUUAUUUUCAAUCUGCGAGGAAGUGAGAGACACUUUUAAUCGUCAUGUAGAGUGAAAUGUGCAUCUGGUUGAUGUUUUUUUUUGUUUGUUUGUUUUUGAAACCAUACCAUUUUAAACCUUUGUUUUAAAGAGGGACCACAAAGGAGAGGAUCGAGGAGAGUUUGUUAAAAAAAAAUACAACAGUACUGUAUUUGGUAUAUUUUUUUAAACUCAAAUGGACAGUCAACUCUUUGUUUACGUUAUGGGGCACUCCCAUCUGUCACACUACUGAUGUCGCAUCCACACUCACAGAAAAGAAAGUUUUCACUUCUACCUGGUUCAUACGAGACGAUCAUUCUCUCUGCACUCGAGAUUCAUCCAUUCAUCCACAUCAUGUAAACGGGAUUUCUCUAGAAAGGUCACUAAAUGUAUCUUACGUUAUUUGGUUGAUAUCCCAAUGUUGUUAUUAACGCCCUUUAUCACUCUUACUUAAAGCCACAGACUGGUUGUAAAUUAAAAAUAUAUUUAUUAUUAAAAGAUAGUUUUAUUAUCAUUUUAAAGGGCACUCACAAAAUUUGAAAUCAGAUACUGUGAAUAUUUUUUAAGAAAUGGCAUUCAAGUUUUCUAUCACGCACUGCUUACUUUCAAGUUCCAAAUCAUGAAAACACGUGAAAAGUUGAAAAGCACAAUAUCAUGGCCUACUGUUCACAUCAGGAAUUGUGCGUCAAACACAAGUUAGGUAUAUGAAGUAUGUUUUUUUUUUUUUUGUGUACAUUUUUUUUAAUCCUCUGUUUCACUGGUGGGGAUUGUUGGUCUUCAUUGACUCUUUUUUGCACUUUUCUGUCUUUUUUAUGUUUUAUUUGUAAACACUUUGUAAAGAUGUACAUUUUAGGAAAGUUAUUCUUGUAUGCCAUAGGUAUGCUUUACAAUGCUUUAAUGUUUAAGUUAAAUGUACUGUAUUUUUUUAACUGCCUAGUUGUCAUUGCUCAACAAAACAAUGUAUUGGAGAUAAUAAAUUCAAAUUAAACAGA